UAGUACCGCCCAUCUCAGCUGGCCUCCAGGCUUCUAUCCCGCCCUUCCUUAAUCUGCCAUUCCGUGACAUGACGAGCGCUGCCGAGAAAUAAUGGAAUCGGAAACGGGAUCUCUUAAUGCACUAACAAGUCAUGACAACCCUCUCUUUGACUAUGACGCUGGCCUGGAUGCGGCAUGGCAACAAUCACCAACGGAUUCCAGUAAAAAGCCUUAUGAUGAGGAUACAACAGCUCCUAUACUAGGCGUGGACGAUAAGAUCAAGGUUAGCAAGCACCGCCGACUUGCUGCGAAACUAGAUGAGAGCAGGUUACUUUCACACUCCGGGAUCCCCAAGUUGCGCCGCACAUCAAAGCAGAGAAUUAAAUUGAAGGGCAAAGGACACGAGUUUUCUGACGUCGCUCGGCUCUUGAACUUUUAUCAAAUGUGGCUUGAUGACCUGUACCCUCGUGCCAAGUUCGCCGAUGGUCUGGCCAUUAUCGAAAAGCUCGGUCACUCCAAACGCCUACAGACAAUGAGACGGGAGUGGAUCGACGAGGAGAAACCAGAAGCGUUCGCAGCUGAAGUAGGGAAGAUGCCACGAUUAAACUAUUCCAGUCAGCAAGCUCUCAAUGACCCCAACGCAGCCAUUGACACUGUUACUCCGAUAGAGACAUUUGACACUUUAACGAAUCCAAUGAUUCUUGAGGAUAGGCACGGAACCAUGACGUCUGAUUCGCUACAAGCUUCGGAGCGGGAAGCACACACAGAGAUACCAGAGAGUGGUAUAGGACAUGACAUACCCGAGGAUGAUGAGUUGGAGUUCCUUUUGAGAGAACAUCAACAUGAGAAUAUCGGCGGCUAAUGUGAUUUUUACACUGGCCUGAAGCUCGACUGUUCAUAUAUCACUGACUAAGAAAUUUUGGUAAUAUUUUACCUCAAUAAUUAGUGUAUAACACGGAUGAUGAAGGUCUCGCCCUAAUCGAAUAACAAACCGUUGAUUAAGGC